GGAGCCUGCAGCUUAAUUUGACUUAACACAGGGAAACUUACCAGGUCCAGACAUAGUAAGGAUUGACAGACUGAGAGCUCUUUCUUGAUUCUAUGGGUGGUGGUGCAUGGCCGUUCUUAGUUGGUGGCCACACAGGACUUGUGGGCGAAGGCCGUAAGCAUUUUUCACAGAUGUCAAAAGUAUACAACCUUGAACCUCAAACAGAGCAGUAUGGUUGCAUGGUUGAUCUAUUGGGUCGUGCAGGGUUGAUAAAUGAGGCAGAAGAGUUUAUCAAAAACAUGCCCAUUGAACCGGAUGCUUUUGUUCAGGGACCAUUACUGGGAGCUUGCAAGAUCCAUGGAAAAGUUGAGCUUGCAGAGAUUGUUAUGGAUAAACUUGUUAGGAUAGAGCCUGAAAGAGACGGUGCCUACAUACUCAUGCCAAACAUAUAUUCCUCUGCAAAUAAAUGGAGAGAUGCAAUAAAGUUGAGAAAGGCAUUGAAAGAAAGAAACGCAAAAAAGACUCCCGGCUGUAGUUCUAUUGAACUGGAUGGUGUGGUUCAUGAGUUCCCAAGGGGUGACAAGUCACACCAAAAAACUAAAGCGAUUUACAUAUUACUCGAUGAAAUUACAAGUCUUUUAAAGAAUAGUGGGCAAUGGGUACUGUGA